AUGCCGACGGCCCGACCGCGCGCGACCGACGACGCGACGGCGCGCGACGCGCGGACGCGGGCGCGGCGCACGAUCCUGGGCGUCGAUCGAGCGACCGGGGAAGCGAUUCCGGACUGGGACGAGUGCGCGGAGUGGCGGGCGCGGGCGCCGCCGAGCGCGGAGACGCUCGAGCUGCUGGACGCGUCGAUUUUCGCGCUCGCGCUGCCGGGCGUGGCGGAGCUGCUGUUGGAUCCGGUCAUGGGCGCGGUGGACACGGCGUUCAUCGGAAGGCUGACGGGAGACGGCGCGGCGGAGGCGCUGGGGGGGUUGGCGGUGAGCACGACGUGCUUUACGUUUUGCUUCAAGUUGUUUAACUUUUUAGCCGUCGUCACGGGACCGCUCGUGGCGGCGAAAAUAUCGGCGAGCGGGGGGCGGGAUUCGGCGGAGGGGCGGCGGGCGGCGAAGAAGACGGUCGGGAGCGCGAUGGCGCUCGCGCUCGCGCUCGGGUUCGCGACGAUGGGGAUCAUGGAGGUUUUCACGGAUGAUUUAUUGGCGUUUUGCGGGGCGAGUCACGAGGCGUUGCUCAACCCGAGCGAAGAUUUGCUUCCCGACGCCGACGUGCCGACGAUAAAGGGGAUGUUGGAGUACGGGGAGGAUUACUUGCGAAUUCGCGCCGCGUCUUUGCCCGCGUGCUUGAUCGUCAUGGUGGGCGUCGGCGCGUUUCGCGGGUUGUUGGACACGCGGACGCCGCUCUACGUCGCCGUCGUCACGGAAAUUUUCCACCUCGGCUUGGAUCCGUUUCUCAUUUACGGCAUCGGCCCGUUCCCGGCGUUCGACGUCGCCGGCGCGGCGACGGCGACGACGGUAGCGGAAUGGGUCGGCGCGAUUUGGUUUUGGAAGCUCAUGAUGGAUGAGGAGAUUUUAGAUUUUCAAUCCGUCUUUCGUCUGCCAGACGAGUCCAACGACGACUUGGGUACGCUCGUCAGCGGAUCGACGUCGCAGCUCGCGCGAACGGUGCUUUUACAAACCGUACUCGUUCGCGCCACGUCGACGGCGGCGAUGCUCGGCGCCGCGGGCGCGCAUCAAGUGUGUUUGCAGGCGUGGUGGGUCACGCUGUUUGGCUUGGACUCUGUCGCCGUGAGCGCGCAGGCGUUGGUUGCUGCGAGUCUCGGGAAAAAUGACGUUCCCGGCGCGCGCAUCGCUGCCGAUCGAGCGCUGAGCUGGGGCGUCGGCGCGGGCGUUCUCGUCGGCGUCGUCGUGUUCUUGUCCGCCGAUCAGUUGCCGUAUAUAUUCACCAACGACGCCGAAAUCGCCGCGCAAGCGGCGACGCCGAUACGCAUCUUAUCCCUCUUGCAGCCGCUCAACUCCGCGGUUUUCGUCGGCGACGGCGUGUUUCAAGGAAGCGCGGAUUUCGACUUCCUCGCCAAAGCCAUGGCUAUUUCCGCGGGAGGGGGCAUCUUAGCGCUGACGGCGGCUGGGCAAAUGGAAGGCGCUUCGCUCACGUCGGUGUGGCUGGGGAUGGCGACUUUGAUGUUCGGUCGAGCCGCCACGCUCGGUUGGCGUUAUUUCAAGGACGACGAGUCUCCACUCUACGUCACGCCAUUCGAGUGCGCGGUUUACUAUGACGAUUUACCGAGCGUGGACGUCGACUUCGUCGACGUCGACGCGAAGGUUUCGAAAGACGAGACGACGAAGCCGCGAUGAGCGUUCCUCGACGACGACGACGCCGACCCGCGUUGUCGUUCUUGUCGUUGUUCUCGUUGUUGUUGUACAGUACAAACGU